ACGAGCCCCUGCCACCGGCUGCCCAAUGGGGCCGCUCGGCAAGAGGCAAGCCUUCGAGGGGGCGGUCUGCGCAGCUCCGGCAGGCACCUUCCCCCGAAUCAUGUGAGCAGCACCGGAGAGCGCCCGAGUGGCAGUCGGCUCGCCAGCGGGGAAGGCAGCGAGCGCGUCGGGUCCGGGCAGCCGCUGGACAGCGCCGGUGGCUCUGUAGCUUUCCAAGGAGCAUCAUUUUCAGCUCAACUGCUUAAAUAGCUUUAUAUACACCCAUCACUACACCUUUUUAUGAGGGGGGAGACCUACCAAUGGUCUCAGUAAAUCAUAGCAAACUGGUUUCUCCUUCAGGACCACUGACCGCCCCAGCUUCUAUUCAGCUAGACAGUUCUUCAGAUGUUCUUGAGCCAGAGAUGCCACCCUUAAAUCUGCUGCAGGACUACAAUGAGGAGCAAGUGUCUAAUCCGGCAGUUAUAUCCAACCUAAUUAGCGCACCAGAGACGGAUAUUUCGUCAUCUAAGGUGAAAAAGGAAAAGGAGAAACCACAGACUAUGGUUUAUGAAGCUUACCUCAAGCUACCUUAUUCUUGUACAGAACUUUCUAGGGACUUCAUCCCUACACUGGAGGAGAUUGAAGAAUUUCUAAAUGAGAAGACAACUCUCAAGGAUGAGAAACAGCAGGUGGGAAGUCAGCUGAAGAUAAAAUCUGAAAUCAACUUGAGCAACCCUGGAGAACAAUGUGUUCCUGGAACUCCUCCAGAGGAAGAUCUUUCAAGCUCUGCUCAGGCUGGAGUAGUUGCUGAUGGAAUAAACAUAGUAGGAGGCAUGGGGACUGUCCCUGUAAUGCUUCAGAUCCAGCCCAUUCAAAUGAGUGAAAGUCCCUCAUCUGCUCAAAGCCUUAUUGGUGGAGUCAGGGUGGCCCACUUGAUCAUCAAAAUGGAGGGCCAGAACUUGACUGUUCUUCCACAGGUUGUUCAAAGUCCUGUGAAAAGUACAGACCAAAAAUAUGUCCGAAUUGCCCCUCUGCCCUUAGCACUGAGGCCUGGAGGCCAGUUUGGAAUCACAAAAACUGUGGAAGCCAAAAUCUCCAAAGCCUCUGCAUCUGUCAUCCGAGUCCACAAGUGCACACAUCCCGGUUGCACCAAGAUGUACACCAAGAGUUCUCACCUGAAAGCACACUUCCGACGCCACACUGGAGAAAAACCUUACACCUGCAAUUGGCCUGACUGUGGGUGGAGGUUCUCCCGUUCAGAUGAGCUUUCUCGCCACAAGCGCUCCCAUUCUGGACUCAAGCCUUACCAGUGUCAAGUGUGUGAAAAGAAAUUUGCCCGCAGUGACCACUUAUCCAAACAUAUGAAGAUCCACAAAGGGUCAUUCAGCUUGGGACGUCGUCGGACAAGUGACAGUUAACUUGCUCUUUGAUGCUUUGCUCAGAGAAUUCCAGUCACAUCAGAAGACAAAUGGAAUGAUAAAAUAUGGUCCUCCUUUUGGAAGAGGACGAAAUAAAGAAUAGAGUUGUUUAAAAUAAUUGUAAAGAACAUUACUUGAAGAUGCCUUCCAAUCAGGGCUUGGCCCCAACAUGAGGACUUUAUUGCUCUUGAACUAUUAUAGAAGUUGUAAUUACAUUUGGGGGUGACAGCUUAAAUAUUCUGGGAAUGGCAGAGUGAGAUUCUAAGUUUUAUAACCAUAUUUUGGGAUAAGAAUGGAUCUUAGAUUAUUUUAAAGUUUCUAUAUAAUGCAUGUAUGAGGUAAAAGUGAAAUAGGUGGGCUACUUUUUCAGCAUGCUAUCUAAUGAUCACUCAGUCAUUGAUUAUAAAAUUGAAAUGAGCCUGUUCAACUAAUACCAUCAGAUAAACAUUCAUUAAAAUUGUGAAAGCAAGUCUUAAGAUCAGAAACGGAGAUUCUAAACUCAGGAAAAUAUAUUUCUGUGUUUAUUUCAUGCUCUCUCUUUUAAAAUACAAUCUUCAUUUUCCUAAACCUUCCACGGCAUUGAUUACUAAACAU